AUGGUCGAACGAUGCUGUUUUUGUAUCGGUCUUCGAACCGGUACAGUCAUUAUCGCGUUACUUAUUGGGAUUGCAUCUACCAUCCUGGCCUUUUCCGUAUUUACUGCGCAUACAUUCGGCGAAUAUUAUUUAUCGACUUCUGUAUGCAUUGGGCUUGGUGUCGUGUAUUCAAUUGAAGCGUUAAUUGGGUAUUCAGGUCUUGUGGGUGCGAUCACGAAAAGCCGAAAAAUCAUCCGCAUAUUUGCUUUGCUACUCUGGGUAAUCGCAGUGCUAGCCAUUGCAAUGUCAGUGAUUGAAUUGGUUUUCAUAUACAAGGAUUAUGGCUUACUAAAAACGAUGUGUACCGAUAAACUUAUCGAACAGAAGGAAAAGGGAAUUGAUUAUAACCCAUCAAAGUCUUGGUCACAGACUUGGAAACGUAGUAUAGUUGUUAGAGAACCUCAAUUUGCUGAUAAGAGAAAUGGCUUGAUUGAAAGAUUUCCUCAAGAGAACAGUAAUGUAAAUUCAUCGAGUAAUAAUGUAAACAGCAACAAUUCACAACAAUCAAACAGCAAUUUCGAGAACUCUACUAUCACUCAUGCUAGUCCUUCUUCAACACAAAUGAAUAAUACCGCUAGUAAUAAUGGUAACAAGACAUUAACACCAGCUGAUCAAGAUGAAAUUGAUAAUAUGUGUACAAAGUUUAUCCGAUGGUUUACUUAUCCGGUGGUAACCUUUACUCAUGUCCUUGGGAUUUUAUUUACGAUUUAUUUUGCGAAUGUAGUAUCACGUUUCUCUCGACAACUUAAACAACAAGCCAACUAUUACCAAGCUAAAAAAAGUAUAAUAGCUGAAACUGGUGAUAUUGGUAGAUCCCCAUUAAGUCGACUUUCGGGUGAUAGUGAUGGAAGCGCUGAUUUAGAAAGCGAGAAAAAAUUGCCAAGAGGAAUUCAUACAGAUGUUUAG